GUUCCAUCGAUGAAAUUUCAAGUUCUUCUACAAAUGAGGUUAUUUCAAAUUCAAUUACAUCGAGGUUAGCGCCAUCUGUCGGCCAUGAUCCAAACUUUUUUAUGUCAGCUGUCAGCUGUAGCAGUGUAGAAUUGAUCUUUUGAUUUGUAUAAAGUCGCCCAGUGGCGCGUUUGAUGUGAUUGUGACUUUUUUAAACAAAAUUGAUUUAGUCAAUAAAAAAAGAGAAAAGAGAUGGCUCUUUACGAUAAUCAACACUGGCUCCUGUCACACAUCAGGGACAGCUUUCUUGCUAUGGACGAUACAGGCAUGUUUCUAAACCUAGGUAUGUGCGAAAUAGUAAUGCUUGGAGAAGAUAUUCCUAAACAAUUGAAAGCAAAUGGAACACUGCAAUGUUAUCCUGGUAUGGAGGAUAGUGAUGAUGAAGAUCUAGUUGCCCUGGCAGAAUCAUAUGACAUACAAAUGGAUAUGGAACCAUACACUCACAGACAGAGAUCUAAUACUGCACAGAGACUGGAAAAGAUGGACAUAGAAAGGAAAAAGGCGGCAAAAGUCAAACAUGUCAAAUGGGAGCACAAUCUUAAUGCUAUCACACCGACAGACCAAUCAGAGUUGUUCCAAAGAAAAGACUUUCGUAGAAAAGCACUUCCAAAAAAGGGUCAAUCUCUUUUGUCAGAACAACUCGAGAAAUGUCCAAAUUUACCACAGAAUCCAUUCAAAGAUUAUGCUAAGUUUGAUGGAAAUGCACAGGUCGGCAUUCCUGUAAGAAAAUAUAGAAUAUUUAUGUGUAUGUUGCCAAAAGAGGAAAGAAUGUAUCCCCUUCAAGUGGUAGUGACGCAGAUAGCACGAGUGUUGGACUUUAUCGGUCUGAUUUGUUACAAAUAUGCAAGUGAACAUCCCGAUCAUAAUUUGAAGGAAGACAUCUCGCGUUAUGGACUGUAUAUCACUGAGGAUGACGGCGAGGUUGACUGGGCCUUUCCUUGUUUAGACCCGCGAGAAACUAUCUCCAAGUUUGAAUUUACUACACUGGGUUUGAUCGAGAUGAAGCCCAGUGACAGAGCGCGGCACAAUACUUUCAGUUGUGUCGUGAAGAAAGAUGAGGAGGACCUGGAAGGUAAAGAUAAGGAACAGGAGGAGGUUGCGAAUGAUUUAGCUAAGAUGGAAGGUCAUACUACUGCAAUGGAGGCACCAUUAUAUCAAUCAUACAGAGUACACAUAAUUAACAAGAUGCGAGCAAAGACUGAGAUUCAUCUUGGGAUAUCGGGUGAAAAAAUAGAGAUAGAUCCAGUUAUAACGGGUAAAGGUGCUGCUAGGUUUUGGAAUAGACAACGGGCAGUCAGUUAUCACAUAGACAAUAUUGCUUGGUGUGAAGUGACCGAGACUAAGGGAUCAAAAACUAUGUUCACCCUGGUUUAUACUCCGCAAUCCAGUGCUCCAGAUAACUUUCUAAAUCAAAGUCAUUCACUUCAUCAAUCGGCAUCGUUUAAGAAUCACGAUUUUGAAGCGGAUUCUGUGACAGCUGAGGAAAUCGUACGAAAAAUUAAUCAUAUUCUAGAAUUACAUAGCAGCCAAUCUAGAAAGGAAUAUCUCGCGCAAAAGGAAAGAAAAGCUGCAAGAAGAAAGAGCUUUCAUUUAUAUAGAUGACAGCUCUACUGGUUACUUUGUGCAAUCUUAGAUUAUUUGAAGCAUUGAAUAUUAAUAUGAUACACGACGUGAUCGUACGCGCACAUGAGUCGCAUUGAAACCAAAAAUACGGUCGAAUUAAUAUUCAGAAUUUCGUUGACGUACCAGACAUGGAAAGUAGACGAUCACUUCACAAACAUAAAAUUUAAUAUUGUAUAUUAUUGAUAAAUUAUUUUGUAUUUAUUAUAUUUCUACUCAAUCGGUGUAUGUGAUAAAUGUAUCAAUCAGAAUCAUUGUACUAUCAAAAUAAGUAUUGUAUAAUUAAUCGUGUGUAAUGUCAUAUUUAAUUAAGUGUUAUUUAUAUUUUUACUAUGAAGCUUCCUUAUUACCUGCAAAUUUGUAGACUUGUAAGAAUAAACGAUAUCUAAAUGCAA